AUGCAACCCGCAGCAAGUGUAUCAAACCCAGCCCCUCAGAUCAUUGAAGCAGGGGAGCUCAGAGCCCCACCGACAGCUGCCGAGCCUCGUGCAAAGCGACCACGUCGACCAGCAACCCAGGGAGUUGUGCGGACACCCCGAGUAAUCCCUGCAGCCCCCAGUCAUCCCCCUAGUAUCACCCCCAGUCGCAUAAUCGCAGACAGCCCUUUACCCCCCAUUGUCCCAAUUGACCCGAUCUUCAACAAUGACGAUGAGGAGCCACAGCUGCAAGACUCAGAGGAUGAAGAUAGCACAUCUGGCGACUUGGAUGGAUUCAUCCGACCACCCCCACCUGUUGCUGUCCACCAACCUACCGAGAUGUCCAAUGUCUCUCCCCCACCCCCAGCUUCAGCUGUAGUUGGCCCGCCAGCUCUUCAACGUGAGAUUUUCAUAUUCUUAAUAUUCUGGCCCCAGGAACCUUCUGACAUAGUAUUCGUUAGGCAUCCGAAACAAGCCAAUGGUGCCUGUCAGUUGUCAUGUGGAUGA